ACCUUCUUUUUCCUGGGAACCUCCGAAGGCACUUGUUAUUUUUUUUUCCCCCCUUCCAAAAAUAAAGGGACAGAGUCCAUCUGCUCUUCUACUUUAUGUUGAUUUUUAGGUUGUAUUCCCUAUUUUGGGAAGGAAUUUUCCUCCUUGAGAGAGAGAGAGAGCGCCGGGCUGGCUCUGGGUUCCCAACCGAAAGGGAUCUAUCUGGACAGGGAUCCACUCCGGUCCUGGCCACUCCUGGGAUCCAGAAAGGCCACUGGGAUGACCGAGAAGACCCUCAAAGCCCCCGAGGCCUCCGUCCGGCCUCCCCGUCUCCGGACAUGACCUCCCCCCCAGCGAACGUGACCUGUGUCCUGCGGCCGCCGUCUUUCACCCUGCGCGGCCUCUCCGGCCAGGAGGCCGCCGACUUCUGGCUGGCCUUCCCCUUGUUGGCGCUGUACUUGGUGUCCGUGGUGGGCAACGCCACCAUCGUGUGGGUGGUCCGGGCAGAGGCCUCGCUCCACGCGCCCAAGUACCUCUUCCUGGGCAUGCUGGCCGGCGUGGACCUGGCGCUGGCCACGUGCACCAUGCCCCGCAUGCUCUCCCUCUUCUGGCUGGACGACCGGACCAUCGGCUACGGCGCCUGCCUGCUCCAGAUGUUCUUCAUCCACUCGCUCUCGGGCGUGGAGUCCACGGUGCUGCUGGCCAUGGCCGUCGACCGCUACGUGGCCAUCUGCCGCCCGCUGCAGUACUCGGCCCUGCUGACCCGCUCGCGGGCGGCCAAAGUGGGCCUGGGUGCCGUGGCCCGGAGCCUGGCCUUCUUCCUGCCGCUGCCGCCCAUGGUUGACCGGCUGGCCUUCUGCGGCCGCAGCCAGCUGGCGCACCCCUUCUGCCUCCACCAGGACCUGAUGACCCUGUCCUGCCACCCCGCGCCCACGCUGCCCAACCGGGUCUACGGCCUGGCGGCCAUCCUGCUGGUCAUGGGCCUGGACGGACUGCUGGUCUUCCUCUCCUACCUGCUCAUCCUGGCCGCCGUCCUGCGCCUGCCCACCCGGGAGGAGCGCUGCCGGGCCGCCUCCACCUGCCUGGCCCACGUCUGCAUGGUCCUGGCCUUCUACGUCCCGCUGGUGGGGCUCUCCGUGGUCCACCGCCUGGGAGAUGGGAGCCACCACCCCGUGCUCCACGUCACCCUCAGCUGCCUCUACCUGCUCCUGCCCCCCGUCCUCAACCCCAUUGUCUAUGGGGCACGCAUGACCGAGAUCCGGCACAGGGCCCUCAAGAUGGUGGGCAGGAGGCCACUGAGACCCCAGGCCCACUGACUGUAGAGGGAAGAAAGCUGGGUAGUCUGUGGGAGAUGCCCAGGCCCAUAGCAUUUCAGGGGGAUGUUUGGCAUCUAUGGCAGAACAGAACACAAGGGAAGGGUGCUGGGCCCAUAACCUAUAAAAAGACUACUCAGUAUCUAUAGAAGAAUAGAGUGCAAUGGAACUAUUCUGGGACCAUAACCUGUGGGAGGAAAAUUUAGUAUCCAUAGGAAAGAAGUAUGCAAUGGAAGAGUGCUGGGCCCAUAACCUCAAAACGUGUUCUUCAGACGAGGAAAGGGAGCAGGAAAGUGUUCAUGAGUCAAAGGGGCAGUUGGAAAUUGAGGAAGAGAUUUUGCAAGUACCCACAUUUCAGGAGAGGCGAAAGGAAACAGAGCAGAGACGUUGUUCAGCUAGAAUAGCUGCCAGAAAUGCAGCUGAGUAAUUAGGAACUGCCCUAGCAGCUGUGAAGGGACUCAGGGCUGUAAAGCAGAAGCAGGUGCAGCCAGCUCUUGCUGGUAACAAACUGACUCUAAUGCCUAAGCCUUCGCUCCCCUUGUGCCUGCUUCGAGUCUGCAUCUGGGAAACUGCUCCUAAGGUUUUAUUGCUGUUUCUUUGUCUGAAGCAAGACUGCUAUGUGAUUUGGAAACUGUGUGUGCCCUAAGACCUCCUUGCUUUCUUUUACAUUAUUCCACUGAAUGUGCUGUUCUUUAUGUUUUGCUGAAGUAAAGCAGUUUUCAUUUACAUACCACAGUGUUUUAAGGCUGUUCUUGAAAGACAAAACAGGACAAAAAGACUAUUUGGUAUCUAUAGAAUAGUAGAGCGCACUGGAACUAUCCUCGGACCAUAACCUGUGAGAGGAAUAUUUGGUAUCUAUAGCAUAGCGGAAUACAAUGGAAGAGUGCUGGGCCCAUAACCUAUAAAAAAGUCUGUUUGGUAUCUAGAGAUGAGUAGAGAGCAAUGCAAGGAUUCUGAGACCAUAACUGUUAUGAAUAUUGGUAUCUAUAGCAGAGCACAGUGGAAGAGUGCUGGGUCCAUAACAUUUAAAAAGACUGUUUGCUAUCUAUCAAUGAGUAGAGCACAAUGGAAUAUUCUGAGACCAUAACCUGUGAGAAAAAUAUUUGGCAUCUAUAGCAGCGCAGAACACAAGGGAAGAGUGCUGGGCCCAUAAAAAGACUGUUCAGUAUCUAGAGAUUAGUAGAGAGCAAUGGAAGUAUUCUGGGACCAUAACUAUUAGGAAUAUUUUUGAUCUAGAGUGGAGCAGGACACAGUGGAAGAGUGCUGGGCCUAUAUGACUAUUUGGUAGCCAUAGGAAUAGAGCGCAAUGGAAGUAUUCUGAGACCAUAAGUGUUAUGAAUAUUGGUAUCGAUAACAGAGCUGGGCCCAUCUAUAUAUAUAAAAGAGUGAUGGCAUCACGGCGAUUCACAAAACAACAAAAGUACAGGCCCCCCAACCUCAAAAUUUGACAACACAACCCAUCAUCCACGCCUCAAGGUUGAUACAACAAAAAGAAAAGAAAAAGAAAGUCCUAAUUAGAGGGAGAGCAAUAAUUUUUUUAUCCAAUUGCUGCCAGUUUAGAGGGCUAAUCUCUGCCCACUUGGUUGCCUAGCAACCAGCCAAGGGACAGCCAGGUUUCAGUUAGGGGACAGGCAGAUUUAGGCCUCACUUAGGCUUCUUCCACGGAUUAUCUAAUUUGCACUGGAUUAUAUGGCAGUGUAGACUCAAGGCCCUUCCACACAGCUAUAUAACCCAUUUAUAAUCUUAUAUUAUCUGCUUUGCACUGGAUUAUCUUGACUCCACACUACCAUAUAAUCCACUUCAGUGUGCAUUUUAUACAGCUGUGAAGAAGGGGCCUCAGAUAAUCCAGUUCUGAGCAGAUAAUAUAAGAUUAGAAAUAUACAGUAGAGUCUCACUUAUCCAACGCAAACAGGCCGGCAGGAUAAGUGAAUAUGUUGGAUAAUAAGAAGGGAUUCAGGAAAAGCCAAUUAAACAUCAAAUUAGGUAAUCGUUAUACAAAUUAAGCACCAAAACAUCAUAUGAUACAACAAAUUUGACAGAAAAAGUAGUUCCAUGCGCAGUAAUGCUAUGUAGUAUUUACAGUAGAGUCUCGCUUAUCCAACGUUCUGGAUUAUCCAACGCAUUUUUGUAGUCAAUGCUUUUAAUAUAUCGUGAUAUUUUGGUGCUAAAUUCAUAAAUCCAGUAAUUUCUACAUAGAAUUACUGUGUAUUGAACUACUUUUUCUUCCAAAUUUGUUGUCUAACAUGAUGUUUUGGUCCUUAAUUUGUGAAAUCAUAACUUAAUUUGAUGUUUAAUAGGCUUAUCCUUAAUCCCUCCUUAUUAUCCAACAUAUUCGCUUAUCCAACAUUCUGCCGGCCCGUUUAUGUUGGAUAAGUGAGACUCUACUGUACUGUAUUUACAAAUUUACCACUAAAAUAUCACAAUGAAUUUAAAACACUGACUACAAAAACAUUGAUUAUGAAAAGGCAGACUGCGUUGGAUAAUCCAGAACAUUGUAUAAGCGAAUGUUGGAUAAGUGAGAUUCUUCUUUAAUAUGAAAUAAUUACUGGGAUAGAAUAAUGCAGAACAAUAUAAUCUCUAAAACCAGGACAGUAAAUAAACAGGGGAAUUCCACACAGGAAACAAUCAGGGCCAGCUAACACCUCCCAACAAAGUAUUCCCAUCAUCAAAGUCUGGCAAAUCCUCUGUUUUCUCAUGGCCACAGACAGUAGAAGCACAUAAAAUAUCGCAAACAACACCACUCUGAAAACAAGGGAAUUCCAGACAGGAAACAAUCAGGGCCAGCUAACACCUCCCAACAAAGUAUUCCCAUCAUCAAAGUCUGGAAAAUCCUCUGUUUUCUCAGGGCCACAGACAGUAGAAGCACAUAAAAUAUCGCAAACAACACCACUCUGAAAACAAGGGAAUUCCAGACAGGAAACAAUCAGGGCCAGCUAACACCUCCCAACAAAGUAUUCCCAUCAUCAAAGUCUGGCAAAUCCUGUUUUCUCAGGGCCACAGACAGUAGAAGCACAUAAAAUAUCGCAAACAACAUCACUCUGAAAACAAGGGAAUUCCAGACAGGAAACAAUCAGGGCCAGCUAACACCUCCCAACAAAGUAUUCCCAUCAUCAAAGUCUGGCAAAUCCUGUUUUCUCAGGGCCACAGACAGUAGAAGCACAUAAAAUAUCGCAAACAACACCACUCUGAAAACAAGGGAAUUCCAGACAGGAAACAAUCAGGGCCAGCUAACACCUCCCAACAAAAAAUUCACUCAGGGAAGAAACAGCCAGGCUUUAAAGCUGCAAGGCCAUUACAUCCUAAUCAUUUUUCCUAAUUGCAGCAUUCAUACUUGCCUCCAACAAACAAAAGAAACCAAUCAGAAAUAUUGUAUAUUCACGACCUUUAGGAAAUAAUAUCCCCUGAUGGCGCAGCGUGUUAAAGCGCUGAGCUGCUGAACUUCUGGACCGAAAGGCCACAGGUUUGAAUUGGGGGAGCGGAGAGAGCCCCCACUGUUAGCCCCAGCUUCUGCCAACCCAGAAGUUCAAAAACAUGCAAAUGUGAGUGCAUCAAUAGGUACUGCUCCGGCGGGAAGGUAACGCCGCUCCAUGCAGUCAUCCCACAUGACCUUGGAGGAGUCUAUGGACAACGCCGGCUCUUUGGCUUAGAAAUGGAGAUGAGCACCAACCUCCAGAGUCAGACACGACUGGACUUAAUGUCUGGGGAAAGCCUUUAUCCUUGACCUUAACUACCACCAAUUCCUCAAUACUUUAUUUCCCAGACCACCAGACUUCGCCACAGCAACGCGUGGCCGGGCACAGCUAGUAACCUCUAAAAAGACUAUUUGGUAUCUAUAGACAAGUAGAAUGCAAUGGAAGUAUUCUGGGACCAUAACCUGUGGGAGGAAUAUUUGGUAUCUAUAGCAGAGCAGAAUGCAAUGGGGGAAUGCUGUGUCCAUCACCUGUAUGAAUAGUAUUUGGUAUCUAUAGUAGAAUAGAGCACAGUGGAAGUAUUCUGGGCCCAUAACCUGUAGGAGAAAUAUUUGGUAUUUAGAGCAGAAUAGAAGCAGCAAAGGCAUCUUCAGCCCACGAUAUUUAGGAAGGAUGUUAGAGAAUAUGUAUAACAAUUUCCCCCCUCUCCACACCCCUGGUGAUACCACAGACUCAAGAAUAGAAUUCAUUUACUAACAAAACUCCAUAACCAACAUAUCAUAUAUUUUUUUAUUAUCUCCCAUCUUUCCACCCCUUCCUUUGCUUCCCUUUCUUUUAUGUCAUAAAACUGUGGAAAUGAAAUAAAUUAUAAUUUAAA